CCGGGCCGAGGAGUUCCGCGAUGGACGCGCUGCCGCUGCGCGUGCUGGCGUGCGGCGACGUGGAGGGGCGGCUGGAGAGUCUCUUCGGGCGGGUCCGAGCCAUCCAGAGCAAGAGUGGCCGCUUCGAUGUGAGGCUGCGGCGGGGCCGGAUGCUGUUGUGCGUCGGGGAUUUCUUCAGCUCCACUUCUGAUGCCGAAUGGGCAGAGUAUCGUUCAGGGGCUAAGAAAGCUCCAAUUCCAACCUUCGUGCUCGGCGCUAACAACCAAGAAACCAUGCACUGUUUUCCACAUGUCACUGGCUGCGAAUUAGCUGAGAACAUCACUUACUUAGGCCGUCGAGGUCUUUUCAGUGGUACUUCAGGACUGCAGAUCGCAUACCUGAGUGGCACCGAGUCUCAGGAGGAGCCAACUCCUGCCUACAGCUUUAGUUCAAAGGAUGUGACAGAAUUAAAGUCAUCUUUGUUAUCAACCCCAAACUUCAAGGGUGUAGAUAUACUGCUGACUUCCCCCUGGCCCAGAGAUGUUGAGAGUUUUGCCAACAGCCCAGGAGAAAUAGAUACCAAAAAAUGUGGUUCCACUUUAAUAUCUGAUCUAGCUGCAAGUCUCAAGCCAAGGUAUCACUUUGCUGCGCUGGAGAAGGCCUAUUAUGAAAGACUUCCUUACAGAAAUCACACAGUGCUGCAGGAGACCCCACAACAUGUGACCAGAUUUAUUGCUCUUGCUGAAGUUGGCAAUAAAAGCAAGAAAAAGUAUCUGUAUGCAUUCAGCAUUGUCCCCAUGAGUUUGAUGGACCCUGCAGAGCUAGUAAAACAGCCCCAGGAUGUCACUGAAAAUCCAUACCGGAAGUUGCAGAAGGGUGCACAGAAGACCAAAGUACUUGGGUGUGCAGAGGAAGAAACAGCAUGUCAGUUUUUCUUUGAUUUGAACAAGCAUCAUGGGAAAAAACGUCCCUCAGACGGGAAGGAUAGAGGGAGCUCCCAAACCAAGCAAGCCAAAAAGCCCCCACAGCCCACAGGGCCCUGUUGGUUCUGUCUUGCUAGCCCAGAAGUGGAGAAGCACUUGGUUGUUAGCAUUGGCACACACUGCUACCUUGCCCUGGCCAAGGGUGGCUUAUUACCUGAUCAUGUCUUGAUUUUGCCUAUUGGGCACUAUCAGUCAGUGGUUGACUUGUCUUCAGAGGUGAUGGAAGAAGUGACCAAGUACAAAUCUGCCCUGAAGGAAUUUUUCAGAAGCAAGGGGAAGAGAUAUGUCUUAUUUGAAAGGAACUAUAAGAGUCAGCAUCUGCAGUUACAGGUGAUUCCUGUCCCACUGGACUAUACUUCUGAAGACAUUAAGGAGUGCUUUAUUACACAGGCACAGGAGCAACAGAUGGAACUGUUAGAAAUCCCAGAGCACUCAGAUAUCACGCAGGUGGUGCAGCCAGGCACGCCGUACUUCUAUGUGGAGCUGGACACAGGCGAGAAGCUCUUCCACCGUAUCCGGGGCAGCUUCCCACUGCAGUUUGGCAGGGCGGUGCUGGCCAGCGGUGCCCUGCUGGCGCUCCCUCAGCGCUCCGACUGGCGCAGCUGCACGGCGGCCCGGCCCGAGGAGGCGGCGCAGGCCAGCGCCUUCCGUCGCGACUUCCAGCCCUUCGACUUCGCCUUGCGGGACUGACGUCGGAGCGGCAGGCGGGCGGGAGGCGCGCUGACGCGGCAAUAAAGGCGGAGCUACG